AUGUUCAUCCCACGACUUACCCUAGAAUCUUCAUCUGAUCAUUCACAGUGCCGUGGUCGACGUGUCAAGUGUGAUGAAGGUCGUCCUGGAUGUUCAAUGUGCGAUAUCGCUGGUGUUGAAUGUGGCGGUUAUAACAAAGACAUUUUCUUCGACUGUGAUGACCCAUCAGCUACAACUACAAAAUUCCGAAGGCCGUUACUUACGUAUCAUGAAAGAAAGCGCAUGAGCGAGCAGAUGACCCAGGACGUUCCUCCCAGAUUGGCAAGUUGGCAUCUCUCCAAAAUUGAUGACGAAUGUGAGACAUCGUCGUCGAAUAUAAACAUAUCGAGAGGUCCGUUUGGAGCAUUUAGGGCCACUAGCGAGUUGACAAAAGGCCUUGCUUCUGUCCCCGGAGUGGCUCAAGAGGACCUUGUGAACUGUCCAAAUAUCCAUAUCCCAGACAAUCAGGACGAUAUUGCUGUCACUGAUCUCGACUUUGACAUCGAGCUCAUUUCCCCAUCCGUGGAUAUCACAACGAUGAGCGCUGAACAAGUCACUCGACAGCCCCAAGACUGGUCAAACGAUUUUAACAUUAUUCCUUUGACCAACUGGCUAAAUCCUGGAAACAUCGAGAUACCAGACUGGUGGGACUCCAUGGAUAUUGGACUAAUGCUACCUUGGGCUGAUGGCCCUGUAAUUGCCCCAAAACCUCCAUUGCCCAUUCCAAUAUCCUCCAUCAUCCAGGUACGGGCUCCAACAUCACCUCUGGUCAAUCUAUCGCCGAGUCCAGGUCCAUUGGCUAAGGGUGACGUCCCCAGAGACGCUGUAUUGUUGAUCAAGCAUUAUUCCACUACCGUCCUCAGAGGUCUGACACCAUAUCGUCACAGCAAGACCCCAUGGCACAUCCUCUUUCUCCCGCACGUGAAAAACUGUUUGGCAGCUUUAACUUUGGGUGAUGAGAUGGACCACGCAAGUCUAUGUGCAUUUUACGGAACACUAUCUAUCAGCGCCUUCAGCCUUGGUGGGAUAUACAACUCCACAAAAUGGUUGGAUCAGGGCAAGACAUACUAUCAACAAGCCUACUACCAUAUACGGGUGAUGCUCAAGACAGCAUAUGAUCUACCUAAGAAGGCCAAGUAUAAGUCUAUACUCAUGGCACUCUUGACAAUGGUGCAGAUAUCGGUACUUUCUGGGAACAAAGACGAAGCAGAGUAUUACUUCUUGGAGACUGAAAAGUUUAUUCGUCUAAGAGGUCUCAAUCGUCGCAAGUCUCGCAAGGUUCGAUUGUUGCAUCAUUGCUAUGUGUUUGAGAGAUUAUCUCAUGAGAGCAGCUUUACCGAUAGCAGACUCAACUUGGACCAUCGGAAUCGGGUACGUGAAGCGAUUGAAGCAAGUGAUGCUAGGGUGUACAGCCUGGACAAUCUAUCAUUCCGCCUUACCAGUUGGAGAGACCUGGAUCAGGAGAUGCUCAAGAUGAAAGGGCAGGAGGAAGGUGAAAAUGACUUGCAUCUUCAACAUCCCGGUGUUUGGUCCGCUACACUUUAUCCAGAGAUAUUUGGCGUACCGGAAUUGCAUCUGUUUAUGCUGUCCCUGGUCAUACGUCUUGCUAGGGAGAAAGACGAGAGCCAUGUGGAGGCUGUGUCUUUGAAAGAAUUUAUGGCUCGUGCAAAGGCUGUUGAACGAUGGAUCAAGCAGCUCAACGUCCUUCGUCAAUCAAUAUGGACAGCCGAAACACCAGUAGACCCAGACCAACAGCAAUCCGUCGAUCUUCUCAACAGUCUAGCCGAUACAAUGCAACAUGCCUUGUCUGUCUAUUUUUACCGCAAGAUCUACGACUUGGAUCCCGGUAUGCUUCAAAAACAUGUCCUCAGUGUUCGUGAUCGUCUACUAGAGUUUGAUGGUUCUGAUGGAAUGGGUUAUGGAUCUUUGAGGUUGGUAUGGCCUGCGUUUAUAGCAGCUUGUGAAACGGAUGAUUGUAGUGUUCGGGAAUCGUUUACUAGAUGGUUCGAACGUUCUACCAAGAAGAGUGGACUGAGGAUAUUUACUGAGACAAUGGAACGUAUCGAGAAGGUGUGGAAUGGGAGGGACAAUGCAAACACCAGAGUUUUAGUAUAG